UUGAAAAAGUUGACACUUGGCUUUUGUUUACUUUUUACCAUCAUAAUUGAAAGGUAUAAAUUGCAGGUGGUCGUGAAUCAUGUUUUGAUGUUUUAUUUUAUUUAUCCAUUUGGAUUUCAUUAUUUGAUCAAAGCAAAGCAAUAGCCAAUGGAAGGCAAACUAAGUCGUUUUGAAAAUAUUUUACAUGUCUGUUUAUGGACAUCAGCAUGUUUAUAUUCUCUUUAUAAAUUAGUUGGGGCCCAGACAGAAAUAUUUGAAAAAAACCCGGAACUCCAAUACACAAUCCGGGACCUAAACCCUGGUUGGAAAUUCCUAUACAGGUUCAAAGAUGAGUCAGAUGUUGAGUGGAGUACAUGGAAAUAUUUAAUACAAACAUCAUGGUUUUAUAUGUUGAUCCAAUUUUUUAUAUCAGAAAUUAUAAGAAAAACGUAUGCAUCAUUACUCAGAUAUUGGUAUACAAUUUCAAGUGUAAUUUUUAUAAUAAGCUACAUGGGCUUUAGACAGUUACUAAUUGUUUUUUCCCAACCUGUAAUAUUUUCGGCUAUUGUAUUUUCAGGAGGCAAAAGAAUAAGUAUAUGGGUAACGAGUAUACUCCUUUUAGGAGGAUAUAAUUCUCUUAAAUAUAAAUAUUUCUUUUGGCGUGUUUUGGAUACUGGUAAUCUGCAGGAUGAGGAAGUUUUUGUUUUGCUUUAUGCUAUAGCAUGGGUUGAGUUACGAUGCAUUAGUUUCAGUCUUGAUUAUGUUGAUAAAUUAGAGCAACGAGAAAAUAUUAAAGACAAAGAAAAUCUUGUGCACAUAUCAACGUGGGAUGAUCUGAUUAGCAUGUUUAGUUAUGUUUUGUACUUACCAGUAUUAUUUGUUGGACCCAUCAUCUUAUAUGAGGAAUUUGAAAAGAGUUUCCAUGUGAAAAAUGAAAACAUUUUGUUGAGGCUAAAAAGAUUUAUUUGGGACAUGAUGAUUUUUCUUAUGUAUACAUUUUUAUUGGAGCUUGCAUUUCAUUACAUAUAUUUCUUUGCACUGCAAAGUCAACUAAAGGCUGUGUAUUCAAUGCCUUCGCUAGCACUCUGUGGGGGUGGACUGUGGAUGGGUUUGGAGUUUCAUAUGAAAUAUGUUAUAUCUUAUGGAACAACAGCAGCAUAUUCCAGAUUGGAUAAUAUAGAACCACCCCCAACACCACGUUGUAUAGCCAGGAUUCAUGUAUACUCACAGAUGUGGAGAUACUUUGAUGUUGGUCUAUACAGAUUUUUAUUAAAAUAUAUAUACAAGCCCAUUUUCGCUAUUUUAUCAAAAAACAUAGCUCUGUCCAAAAUAAGCUACAAGUUGAUUGCUUCAUCCAUAACAUUUAUGUUCAUAUUCAUGUGGCAUGGGACUAUGUGGAACAUCUUUAUAUGGUCGCUUUUGAAUUAUGCGGGAAUAGUGAUGGAAUAUUUUGGGAAAGCUGUGGCUUCUAGUGAAAAAUACGCACAAUUUAGAAACAAAGUGCUUCGAACAGAAGCAAUGGAGACACGAUUUAUUGCCUUUUUAUGUGCACCCUUGUUGGGUUUGUCAGCAAUAUCUAACUUCUAUUUGUUUGCUGGUACUGAAAUUGGCAAUGUAUAUUUUGGUCUAUUAAAAUGGCCAUCAUUGUAUAAUUGCACUAUAGUCUACCUGUCGCUAUAUUGUAGUUGUCAUGUAGCUAUUGCUUUGCAACAUGUCUCAUCACGAACUGAUGUAAAGAAAAUUGAACAUAAGACUGAUAAUUAGUGAUUUAUAUGAUUUUACCUAACAUCAUUUAAUGUUAUGAUUUCUAAAUAGACUAUCAGUUUGAAUUACAGUAAUCUCAUUACACUCUGACAUGUUUAAACAUACAAAAUAGUACAACCUGUCAUAAUAAUAUGCAGUACAAAAACAUUGAAAUGUAGGAACAAAAGUUUGCUACAGUCAGAUUUACGAAGUACUAUUAUAAUUCAGUGACAUGUAGGAAUUGAAUGUGGUCCAUUCUUUUAGUAUUCAAUAUAUUUAAUUACCCGACAAUACAAAAGUUCUCACUGAAUUUUAUUGUACGUAAUUGUUUUGUAAAUCUCGUUUAUAGUAACAGCUAACUUUUGUCGCUGACUAUUCUGCAAUAUUUUUGUAUCUUCAAUUAACAAAAGUAAUUAAUUAUUUUUAUUUAAGCAGGGUUAUACCAGUUCCUAUUGUGUCUACUUAAGUUAAAAUAAGCUGUGACAUUCUUAAAUUAGAAAUUUUAAAGUGUUUUAUUUUUAUUCUGGCCAUCACCUAUGUGAACCGCUGUAAAAAUAAUUAUAAUAAAAUGAUACAUACAA